UCACUUGUUGCUACAUUUUACCGCCACCUUUAAUUAGGCUUGCCCUUGCUUCGUGUCUAGCGCUACAGCCCUCUUGUUGGCAGCCGAUCAAGGGGGGAAACAGAAACGGAUAGUAGUUGAAACGGUGGAUAUAAUUGGUAUUAAAGAAAUAUGUCGAAAGUUUCAAGAAAGUCGAGCCCACCGGCUAUUUCAGACGAUAUCGACGCUAUCACACCAUGCCCAUUAGCCUGUGGCAGUCCCGAAAGAGUCGAGUCCCCCGAACCCAUCGACCCGAUUGAGAAAUUCCGAGCAUCGAGAUCGCCAUCGCCGGAUUCCGAAUGUUCUUCAGUUCGCGUAGACAUGUCCAGGAAUAGGAGACGCGAGUCCCUUAAGGCUUUGGAAGAAGGGACGGAAGGCGACCCCGAAAGGCUAUGGAAGCGGAUGCUUGCUCUGCAGCGCACUUAUGGCUGCUACAACUCGGCUAGAAUGAGCGCGGCACUUAGUUCCGGAAAUGUCAGCCUGUUACUACCUUCCAAAGCGUGCCUGAAUCUCUUGAACGAAAACAUGACGUUUCUACCCGACGAAGCAGGAGGUGCGGUUGGGGUUUGGCAGCCGAAUAUGGAUGAUAGGCGUGGUCAUUGAUUUAUAGCUGCAAUGACGUAUGUGAUGUGGAGUGGGCACAUUCCCCAGUCAUUGAGAAUGUCUUGGGUCCAAAAGGAGGUUGUAUGUGCUCUAGUAUUAUUGGGCGUCGGCG